AUGCCUUCAAGAAGAGCUCUGUUGAGAAGGAAUGUGAACAUGAAUGUGGAGCAACAAACACCCAAAGCUCCAGUUGAUCCUUUGGCUGAGAAAGUCACUCAUCUGAAAUUUAGGGCUCAUUUGCAAGUGUUGGCCCAAGCCAUGACUGCUCAAGCCAACCGUGAGGUGGUAGCUCCCAUAAACCCAAAUGUGGGUAAGACGGCGACUAGAGCUCUAGAUUUCACAAGGAUGAAUCCUCCAAAAUUCCAUGGACUAAAGAUGGAUGAGGAUUCACCAGAGUUUGUUGAAGGGAUUAAAAGGAUUGUUGACAUUAUGGGUGUUACUCCGGUGGAGAGUACGAACUUAGACGCAUAUAUAUUGAAAGGUUUUGCUCAAAUUUGGUUCAAGCAAUGGAAGGAAGAAAGAGUUGUUGUUGAAUGGAUUGGGACAAGUUCAAGGAUUAAGGAAGACAAGCUUAAGAAAAGUUCGAGGGAGACUAAGAGGGCUCGAACCGAUAGUGGUCCAUUUUCAUCCAGUGCUCCGAAGUAUGGGAAGAACCAUUUGAGAGAUUGUUUAACUGGUUCUGAUGCGUAUUUUGGUUAUGGUAAGACUGGUCAUAAGUUGAGGGAUUGCCUUUCGAUUGCUAGGAAUGAUGGGGAUAGUCAUUGGCGAGCUCAACCCUACCCUUCUUCAGGUCGCCCGACUCAGCAUGGUAUUUCAUCUAGUUCUGGUAGUUGGAAGAAUUAG